UUCGUUUCCUCAACAACUCAAAUCAAAUCUCUCUAAAAUGGCCUGCUGGGAAGGAAAGAAAUACAAAUUGGACAAAAGCGAAAACUUCGAUGAAUACAUGAAGGAAUUGGGUGUCGGUAUGGUCCUCCGCAAGAUGGGCAACACCGUUACCCCCACCGUUGAAUUGAAGAAGGAAGGUGAUAUGUACACUUUCACCACCACCUCAACCUUCAAGACUUCCAGCAUUUCUUUCAAGUUGGGCGAGGAAUUCGAUGAAGAAACUUUGGAUGGCCGCAAAGUCAAGUCCGUUUGCACCAUGGAGGGCAACACUUUGACUCAAGAACAAAAGGGUGACAAACCAUCCACCAUUGUUCGUGAGUUCUCCGACAGUGAAUUAAUCACCACCCUCACCAUCGGUGAUGUGAAAUCCGUUCGUGUCUACAAGGCUAUUUAAAUCACCAACUUGAAUCUGUCCUUUAGCGGAAUGUAGACUCCUUGGCGACUGAAUUCAUUACCAUCUGUUUUUGUUUAAGCUUCAACUAACCAUUGUUAUUACAUAACAAUAUUUUUUGUAUUUAAGAUCAUUGUAAAAUAAAUGAUUGCAUUUAAUAA